AUGAACCCUCGUCCGACGAGCGCACAUCAUGCCCACCAUUCUCGACUUUCGACCAGCGCAAUCUCGAACGCCAUGAACACAUCACGCGCUCCCCGUACGCAUUCGCACUCCUUGUCGGUCGGGAGCAUCAAUCCACUUCAUCGAGUGACGCGACGGAAGAGUAUGUCGUCGACCGCUGCGAACAAUGCUGCUGCCAUGGCUGCGGCUGCGCGUGAGAUAUCGGGUUCUUCGUCCACGCCCACCGAUCCUGGUAGCGAUUCUGGCCGGAAAUCAACAACAAGGUCCAGUCGAGGGACAUCGUCGAGUUAUCUCGCACUUCCCAGCAGCAUGCCGAAUCAUUCCGCCGUGUUCGCUCAGGGAAUGGCUGGAAUGAAGAACGCAACUUCAGUCCUCAACGGUCAUACCGGCAGUGCUGUGAUUGAUGGCCCGAACCUGGCAUCAAUGCCCGAAGCGAACAAGGCGGCUAGCAAGCCACGCAUACGGAGAGCGAGCGAAGGCUCAAGGUUGAGCAAAGGAGAAGGACGAAGGAGCGCGGUAGAAUUGCGUUGCGAAACCUGUGGAAAGGGGUAUAAGCAUAGUAGCUGUCUCACCAAGCACUUAUGGGAACAUACUCCCGAAUGGUCUUAUACAUCAAAGCUGUUGAUCUCGAAACAUCAGCAGGUACAACUCCUCGAGGCCGCCUCGGUACUGGUCAACAUGAAUCAAGACGGUCCGGAAUCAUCCCAUUCAUCGGACUCUCCAGCCGCAUCAUCCGAUCCGACCUCAUCGCCAGACCCGGAUCCUGCCCUUUCCACCAUGUCCCUUUCCUCUCCCGAAACCACACCCCCGCCGGGCGGUCGGGAAUUACAUGGACGCAAAGCUCCGCCAUCUCAUUUGGAUCGUACGCACCGAUUUAGCAGCGCCUCCAAUGCAUCGUCAGCUCUGUCCGCUUCAUAUAAUUCCACGUCCACCGCUGCCACCGCCGUAACGUCUCCCGGCUUUUCCGAGUCCGCUCCUCAAGGUCGACCUUAUAUGUCCCACUACCGUCAAUGGAGUACGUCAUCUGCUACCACGAACCCGACUGCCUCCUCAUCCCAUACCGUUGGCGCCAUCUCUCGCGGAAUGGAUAGCAUUUCCGGGGGUGGGUCGAGUGGAAAUGUGGUUAGUGGCAUCGACGAGGAGAAAGAAGAUGAUGAUUCAACGUCGGCCGAUCUAGCCGCCGCGGUUGGUUUGUUGAGUUGUAGCUACGGUACUCCAAAAACUGGCCCGGUCAUGUUGCCCCCAGACGUACCGCCAGUCCCUCCACUCCCAGCUCAAUAUCUUUCCGGUUCGGGGCCAGGAACUAGCCAGUAUGCCGGAUCUAUCUCGAAUUCCUUUUCGCACUUCACCAAUAGCCAAUCCGCGCCGCGUCGUCCACCAGUCAGUCCGAUCGAGCAGAAAGUAUUCCCCGUUGGAGCUGUGAGCACUGGCGCUCCGGCACGAAAGUUGAGACUGGAUGCUGAUCGAGACGUCGAGAUGGGAGACCAUGAAGUCAUGAAGAUGGAGAUGGAGGACGACGAUGAAUGGAACGGGACUAGUCGAAUCGUGGACGAACGGGCCAUGAGCGAUGAUGAAGGCAUGUUUGGGCAAAUGGAAGAAUAG